AUUUUCCGCAGUGCACUGGAGUUCCUAUGGUAACAAGGACACAUACACGUCUCCGGGGCAACCUGACCAAAGCGUCUCUGAAGUUUCAUAGCAACCACUACAACAAAACAACUGUCGUCACGUUUUGAGCGACACAAAUAUUAAUUAGUUAGCGACUUUACUCUACAUUAUCGGUUUGGAUUCGCCCCACCAUUUUAGAAGACAAGAUUUGUGAAUAUGUUGAAGAAUAAGACGGAGCUAAAAACACAAGGCUUCACAGUGAAGGCCUCUAUGAAGAACUCCGUGGUGGUGGGUCCUCCGGCUGCAGGGGCUUUUCGGGAGCGCCCUUCUAAACCAACCAUCUUUCGCAAGUUCUAUGAGCGCGGAGAGUUUCCUAUGGCACUGGAGCAUGACACCAAAGGCAACCGCAUUGCAUGGAAGGUGGAGAUCGAGAAGCUGGACUACCAUCACUACCUGCCUCUGUUCUUUGAUGGUUUAUGCGAGACUGUUCAUCCAUAUGAGUUCUUCGCUCGCCAGGGAGUCCAUGACAUGUUGGAGCAUGGAGGCCCCAAGAUCCAGCCCGUCAUUCCCCAGCUCAUCAUCCCCAUCAAAAAUGCCCUGAACACGAGGAACCGUCAGGUGAUCUGCACCACGCUUAAAGUCCUUCAGCAUCUGGUGAUGUCUGGAAACAUGGUGGGAGAGGCUCUGGUACCCUACUACAGACAGAUCCUCCCCAUUCUCAACAUCUUCAAGAACAUGAACAUCAACUCUGGAGAUGGCAUCGACUACAGCCAGCAGAAGAGAGAGAACAUCGGUGACCUGAUCCAGGAGACUCUGGAGGUGUUUGAGCGCUACGGUGGAGAGGACGCCUUCAUAAACAUCAAAUACAUGGUGCCCACCUACGAGUCCUGCAUGAUCAGCUGAGGGGCGCCGUCACCUUGACGUUGCACAGACUCUUGACUUUACCUCUUUGUCGCUCCUUUUUCAUCUGCCCCCCCUCCCCCACCUCUAAAUUAAACCCUUAUCUUAUCCCUUUCUUGUCCUAGCCUUUCCCUUAUCUCAUCCUCACUCCAUUUGUUCUCUUUUUGUUUCUGAACCCAUCCCUAACAUUUCUAAGACCCAACACUACUUCCUCUGCUCUGUUUUACUCCACUCCACAAGCUCAAACCCGCUCCUCCUAUCCCCCACUCUUUAGCAUAUAUUUUUUAAAACCCCUAUUAAAUUCAUAACAGCUAGUUGUAGUAUUUUCUGUCUCUGUUUUCACAGUAUAACUCUUUACUAGUAAAUUUUAAUAGAACAGAACAGCCUCAUUAAAACAUACCAGUAUGUUUAAUAUAUUAUCCAUUUAUUGUUAAUUUUUUAUUACUUUAGUGAUUUAUUGAGCUGGC